AAACCUAAUAUUUAAAAGAAAAGAAAAUCAGUGAGAAAAGAAAAUGAAUAAUAAUAAUAAUAAUAAUAAAAUAUGGAGAUAGAUGGGAAGCGACAGCCGACACUUGGCGCCUUCACAAAGCCCUAAUAUAGAGAAGAAGAAGGUCGAAUGAUCUUGAAUUUGGAGUGAUAUUUUGGUGGUUGGAUCCGAUACUGGUUCUUAUUGAAUCAGAUUCCUUGGUACUUGGGAGGAGAUGAAUUUCAAAGAUUUUGGGAAUGACCCAUCUGGCGGGAACGGAGGCGGAGGUGGAAGACCUCCGGCGAACUAUCCAUUAGCGCGACAAUCGUCGAUCUACUCAAUGACCUUCGAUGAGUUUCAGAGCAUGGGGAGUAUAGGAAAGGAUUUUGGGUCAAUGAACAUGGAUGAGCUGUUGAAGAACAUUUGGAGCGCUGAAGAAAUGCAAACAAUGGCAUCUUCUGCUGCUGCUGUUGGUAAAGAAGGGGGUGGUAGUGCUGGUGGUAGUAGUGGUUAUUUGCAGAGACAGGGGUCUUUGACGCUGCCUCGAACACUCAGCCAGAAGAAGGUGGAUGAGGUAUGGAAGGACAUAAUCAAUGAACAUGCUAGUGCUAAAGACGGGGCUACCCUUGCUCCUAAUUUGCAACAGAGGCAGCAAACUCUCGGGGAGGUGACCCUCGAAGAGUUUUUAUUCAGAGCUGGAGUGGUGAGAGAGGAUACUCAAGUAACUGCAAACCCCAACAAUGGAGGGUUCUUCGGCAAUAACACCGGUUUUGGAAUUGCUUUUCAGCGGCAGCCGAAAGUUCCUGAGAAUAACAAUCACAUUCAGAUUCAAUCGUCCAACUUAUCGCUGAAUGCCAAUGGAGUUCGAGCACAUCAGCCGCAGCCAAUAUUUCCAAAGCAGGCGACUUUGACAUAUGGAUCUCAGUUGACUUUACCCAGUGAUGCUCAGCUGGCUAGUCCAGGAAUUAGAGGUGGAAUUAUGGGGAUUGCAGAUCAAGGGCUGAAUACAAAUUUGAUGCAAGGCACCGCACUGCAGGGUGGAAGAAUGGGAGUGGUCAAUAUAGCAGCUGCUCCGUUACCUAUUGCCACAGAAUCGCCAGGGAACCAACUAUCCUCUGAUGGAAUCGGAAAGAGCAAUGGUGAUACCUCUUCAGUGUCUCCUGUGCCUUACGCCCUUAAUGGUGGAAUCAGGGGGAGGAGAGGUAAUGGGAUUGUCGACAAAGUUGUUGAGAGGAGGCAACGGAGAAUGAUUAAAAACAGAGAGUCCGCUGCAAGAUCUCGGGCGCGAAAGCAGGCUUACACAAUGGAAUUGGAAGCAGAAGUUGCAAAGCUAAAAGAGGAGAACCAAGAACUCCGGCAGAAACAGGCAGAAAUCAUGGAAAUGCAGAAGAACCGGGCAUUGGAAGUAAUGGAUAAGCAACAAGGAAUCAAGAAGCGAUGUUUAAGACGAACGCAGACUGGCCCAUGGUGAUUUCGGAGGACGUUAAUCUGAUAUCAGACCAAAAAACUAACGUCAUAAAUGGAGGUGUACAUAUAAUUGUUCUGCUGUAGGUGCUGUGGUAGCAUAUAUCUUGGGGUGUCUUGCUUGCUGGGUAUUGUAUUGGCUUCGAAGUGGAUCAUCAGUAGUUCAGUAGCUUUUAAGUGGAAGCAAAGCACAUAAAGAUCGAUUCGUUUUCUUGAAAUACUACUUCAUACAGCUCCUCCUCCACCCUCCUGCCAUGGAGAGAGAAAUAAGUUCUUUUUGUGGCAUUUCCUGAUGUGGCCCUACUGCUGCUGCUGGGGUUGUUGUGAGUAAAUGCCAAUCCUAAAUGCAGGAUUCAUCAGGUUCAAUUCAUUGGCAUGUCAAUGGCUGAAAAUGCCGUUUGAUUUUCCUUUGUUUGAAUCUUGAUGCGUUUUUUUUUUUUUCUUUUUCAGUUUUGACUUCUGCCUCUUAAGUUGUUAGGUUUAGAUUAGCCAAACUAAAAACAUACAUAUCCGUUAUUUUAUAAAAAUCUUGAUUCUCUUACUGGAA